AUGAGACCCUUCUCUGGUGGCUCUUCUAGCCCGGCGCAAGAUUCAGGCCAACCCGGAAAGACAACUGAGAAGAGUCUGGGACCUCCGGGGUCUGAUGUUUCGCCGUUGGGGAAUCCGCAGCAAAUGGCUGUCAACGGUACAUCUCCGGCAACUUCAAUCAUCUCUAAUCAAGACAAAGGACCGGGUGUGCCAGCUACUACGUUUCUCGACGAACCAACUUGGGUCAUUGGCCCUCGUGGCCAGGCAAUGCUAAAAGCUCACUAUUCAAUUCCUGACACAAAUGGAUAUCUGAGCCAACAGCACGAUGUCGCCUUUGUGGUUAUGAAGUUCUACGACUUGGAUGAGCAGGGCGAAGAGGCUGCGGAUGCGCACCGUGACAAGCGGGCACUUCCGCGCCCACAACCAAGUACAGAACUGAUACGCCUGGAGUCCGCAGAGUUGAUAGAAGCAGUGGAGGCCUUUUUCGCCCAACAGCCGAAAUUUGCAGAAGAUUUCCCUAACUUCAAGAUCAAGCAUCCUAUCAGCGCCCCUUACCUUUUCUGGUAUCACUAUAGAUCUCCUACUGCCCUAGAUGGCCUGUCUGCGUCACACGCCGAUACCAUAAGGGUUUUGACAUCAUGGAUUGAUGAACACUACGGUGAGCUCUACAGCUCUGUUCAAGACCAAUUAAGCGAAGGCGUUACGUCCGUAGAAACCAUCGAGUUUUUGUUCAAGCCCGGCGAGGUGCUUGUGUUUGAAGAGAAGAACGAUAUGGUCGCAGCAAUUGCAACCUCCCGGCCCACGGUCAGAUCCAAACCGUCGCCGAAGUUAACAUCCCGAGAUUCCACAUGGAAAAAGGGAAAAGGCGAGACUACCGAUGACGCUGCCUUCAAAUGGAAAUGGCAAGUUAAUGCCUGGCAGUAUCACUAUGAUGGGAGCUUCCAGCGUAGGAAUCGAUCAACAAUCAUCAUUCUGCAAUCGAGUUCACCCACAGAGAAGGUGCCUAUCGUGAAACUAAGCGCAUAUCCAUUGAAAUAUGCGAGUGAUGCCCUUAGGGCCAGGCUUCAGCUUCGUGGAGAGACGUUCUGGAAGUGUAGGUUUCGACGACUCGUUUCGUACAAAGAUGAAAAAGGACUAGUUGGGACCGGAGAACGUUUCAUGAUCGACUUCGAGACUUAUGAGCAACUUCACUCGGAUUCUGCAAAUUUCAAAAGGAUAUACGGAAAGUUUGAGGAAAGUCAAUCAGAGCCAAUGGACCCUGAAGUCAUGGCGUCUGACGAUCCGCCCGGUGUACCGGAAAUCUAUGUGUUUCCCCCCAAAAUCACAGGAUAUAACCUUCGGAGCAAGAAAUGGGAUGACCUUCUUGUGGACCUGAUUCAAGAUGUUGUCUGGAAUAAAAAGUCAUUCGAGCAUCUGGUCAUUGAUUUCGAGACCAAAGAGCUCGUACAGGCGUUAGUGACAAAUCAGAUCGAGAGCGAGCAAAAUACAGAUAUUAUCGAACAAAAGGGCAAUGGGCUAAUCAUCCUCCUACACGGCGGGCCGGGGACUGGGAAAACAUUCACAGCUGAAAGCGUCGCAGAAAUGGCCGAGAAACCCCUAUUUCGCGUCACUUGUGGUGAUAUAGGCACCAAGCCUGAAGUUGUCGAGAAAUACCUGGAAUCGGUGUUGUACCUUGGCAAGAGCUGGGGCUGCGUGGUAUUGCUAGACGAAGCUGACGUCUUCCUCGAGCAACGAACCCUAACGGAUCUGGAACGAAAUGCUCUCGUCUCCGUGUUUCUUCGUGUCCUAGAGUAUUACGAAGGCAUCUUGAUUCUUACUUCCAACAGAGUGGGCACGUUUGACGAAGCAUUCAAGUCACGAAUUCAACUUGCUCUACACUACCAGAAUCUCACAGAAGGGCAGCGAAGGAAAAUCUGGAAAAACUUUUUCAACAGGCUUAGGGGGCUUGAUGCGGAUUCACUCGCCAGCUCGUCGGAAGAAAGCUUGAAAGGCACACGCAAGAAGCCCUUAGACCCAAUGAGGAUCGAUUUCGAUGAUAUAGAAUGCUAUUUGACAGACCUGGCGAAGUACGAAUUGAACGGCCGCCAAAUCAGGAAUGCCAUCACAACAGCGCGACAACUCGCCAAAUUCAAAGAUGAGAAGAUGGCAUUCCACCAUCUCAAACACGUGAUUACAGUUUCCGCGAAAUUCGACACAUACCUACAAACUGUACAAGAAGGCUUCACAGACGAUCAGGUGGCUCGUGGAGGCGGAAUUCGCUAA